AUGUUGUCUUAUUAUGAACAAUAUGAAGAACAAAUAUUUCAUUAUCAAAUGGAUUUUGUUCAUCAUCAAAACUCUUUUUAUAAUUAUAAUAAGAAAAAAAAAGAGGCUUUUAUAUCAUCUUUAUCCAAUUCAUCAUCAUCAUCAUCACUUUUAACAUCAGCAACAAAUAAAUUAAUAUCGAUAAAGACUACUGAUUCAAAUGAUAAUAAUUCUUCAUUGAUUAGUCAUACUAUGCCUUUAACAGUAAAAAAACGUUGUACUACACCUCCAUCUCAUCAAUCAUACGAGGAUUCUGAAUCUCGUCUAUUACCUGAGAUUUGUUCGACUAUAUUACCGACUUCAAAUUUACCUACCAAUAAUUCUUGUGUGACUACUACUUUCAAUGACUCCAACAAUUCUGUUAUUAAAUCAACCAAUUUUACAGGUUCAAUACCAAUAUCGCGCGCUGAAAUACGUCAUAAAAGUGAAAUUGAAAUUGAAGUUAAACACGAAAAACAACAACAACAACAACAACAGCAACCAAUAAAUAAUACCAUUAGAAAUCAUAUUACUCAAAUAGUGCCUCCAGCUCAUCCAACAGUGAUACGUCCAAUCGGUCUAACAAAUAAACAACCACCAGUACCCCUAAAAAUAAAAUCUGAUGAAAACUCUAUACCAUUACAAUAUCCAAUACCUAAACGUCGGAUAUUGACAAAUUCAAUACAAACUCAAACAGUACCCGUAUUAUCGAACCAAACAGAUAAUCAAAUUCAACAACAUAAACUUAAAACAUUAUCUGAUGAAACUCGAUCAAAAAGUGAAAAGAUUCAAGCACUUCUACGUGGACUCACAGAUUAUCAGGUAACGACCAAGCAACAGGAACAACAAUUGACGAACGGCAAGAAAGAACGCGAUCAAUUGUACUUUAUUGUCGAUGAGCGUACGAACGAAUUACGUAAUCUAAAGCAAAAGAAUGAACAAUUGGAGCAAAUGAUAAGAAAUGAACAAGAACAUAGUAAAGACGAAAAGAAACUUUUCUCCCUAUUACAAGAAUCUCAGCAAGAUCGAGACGAAGCACUCAAGCAACAGCGACAAACUUAUGAACGUUUACAAAAGUUAGAAGAACAAAUAAAAACGUCGGAAAGUGAUGCAACAAAAAUGCGCGAUCAAAUGUUAUGUUCAAAAAUGAAAUUAGAUAAAAAAACUGAUGAAAAUCUAAAUUUAACAAAUAAAUUAGCAGAAAUGAAUAAGUACUGCGAUCGCCUUGAGCAAGAAAAUCAAAAAUUAAAAUUACAAAUCGAAAACGAACAACGAAAGAUUGAAGAGUGUACAAAAUUAAAAACAUCCGUUGAUAUUGAAUUACAAAAUUCACUUGAUAAAAUACGUGCUGAACGAUAUGAACAUGAAACAAAAGUAAACACAUUAGAUGAUACAUUAAAAUAUGCUCAAAAACAACAUCAAAUAUUACAACAAAAUCAAUCGGCUAUUGAAGAUAAACAUAGAAAAGAAAUUCAGGAAUUAAAAGAACAUAUUCGUCAAUUAGAAAUAAAAAUUGAAGAAGUUAUUCAAGAUAAAGAAUUAGUUUCAAUACGUUGCGGAGAAUUAAUUGAAGAAAAUCGUAAACUAGAAAAAACAUUAAACGACAGAGAAGAUGAUUAUGAAGAAAAAAUUAAAGCUUAUCGAGAGAAAAAUUCAUUUCUAUCAAUACAAAUUGAAGAUUUAGAAAAAAAAAUAGUCGAAACAAAAAAGCAACUUGAAUUAAUAACAAUUGAAAAAGAUGAAACUUUAGCUGAUAUGUUAGUUGCUGUACGUGUAGCCAGUGAAAUGAGACAUGAUGCAGAAGAUCGUUUUAAUAAAGUUAAUGAUGAUCUCAAACGCGUGACAGAACAUAUUGAACAAGAACGAGCACUCCAUAAAGAAGUUCAACGCAGACAGAUGCAAUUACCACCAGCCGGUCGCAAUUCGAAUGAAUUUUGUGACGUUGGUCAUGUAAGAAUAAAAGAAAUGAUUCAAACAUUAGAAGCUAAUGCUCGAAAAAAUUCAAUCAAUACAUUAAAUUCUCACAUCGAUACUACAGUUCGUCAACGUCCCGUAUCUCAACCUUGUACACGCACAGAAACGAAUGCUAUAUUAACAAAUAAUCAUCAUCGACAAUUCGGUACAAUAACUGAUGAUGCAAAAAUUUUAUCUUCAACAAAAAAUAAUUCUUCAACAUUCAACAACAGUAACCGAUCUGAUAUAUCAAUGCGAUCAAUAACAAACGAACAAUACGACGAAAUGAAAUCGAUUGUUGAAGCCGUUUUUGCUCGAAUGCCUGGAAGUGUUUGCAAACGUGACGCUUUGUUAAAAUGGUGUGUAGAGAGAUUAGCAAACUAUGGAAUAUCAAUAACAAAUUUUUCAAAUUCAUGGGUAGAUGGUAUUGCAUUUUGUUCAUUAUUACAUUCAUAUUUGCCGGAUCAUAUUGAUCUUGAUAUGAUUAGGAAAGAAUCAAAAAAAAGACGUUUUGAAAUAGCUUUCAAUAUCGCUAGUAGUAUUGGUAUUUUAUCUAUAUUGGAUGUCGAUGAAAUGUGCUCAUCAGAAUGGCCUGAUUGGGAACGUGUCAUGUAUUAUGUUGCAUUAAUAUUUCGUCAUUUCGAAUGUUCAACACUAAAUCAAACUAUUUCCCCGAUCUUACCAAUUCCACAAGCAUCGUCAUCACCAAUGUCACCAACAUGCUCAAGUUCAUCAUCGCCCAUAUGUACAUCGCUAAGAUCAGGAAAUUCCAUUCCAACUAUACUUUGUUCACCAUUGCAAACUGUAUAA